AAAGCACUGCGGGUCAAAAGCGUACAGUAGAGGAGCAUUCGAGGGGAAUCGAACAGUCGACUCCUUCCAGGACCUUGAGGACGUGACAAACAUAACAACAAUAACACGACAUUACAAACAUGCUGCUUCGCAAGGUGAGCCAGUCCUCCGCCCUAUGUGGCUCCCUUCUCCGGAUCCCUCCCGGCCUGUCUGGAGGUCAUCGUCCGGCCAGGGCUGUGGCAGCGGUCCAAAGCUCCCGUCUCUACGCCAGCCAGGCUGCAGAGGCUGUGAUAGAGAAGACAGCCGCAGUCGGAACUGAUGCUGCCACUAAAGUGGAAAAGAAGAUUGUUUCUCAGGAAUCCAAAUCAUUUGCUGUCAACAUUUUCAAGGGGCAGAUCGCCACUGCCCAAGUGUUUCCAUACCCGUCAGCCCUCAAUGAGGAGCAGGAGCAGUUCCUCAUGGAGCUUGUGGGUCCCGUCGCCAAAUUUUUCGAGGAGGUGAACGAUGCAGCAAAGAAUGACGCCUUGGAGAAGGUGGAGGAUCACACCAUGGAGGGCCUGAAGGAGAUGGGCGCCUUUGGCCUGCAGGUGCCAGCUGACCUGAAUGGCCUCGGCCUCUCAAACACACAGUAUGCCCGGUUAGUCGAGAUCGUCGGCAGUCACGACCUGGGCGUUGGCAUCACUCUGGGCGCCCACCAGUCCAUCGGCUUCAAGGGCAUUCUGCUUUUUGGGAAUCCAGCCCAGAAGCAGAAGUACCUGCCUAAACUCGCAACAGGCGAGCAUAUAGCGGCCUUCUGUCUGACUGAACCAGCCAGUGGCUCUGACGCCGCCUCUAUCAAGACCACCGCCAUCCAGUCCCCCUGCGGAGAAUAUUUCACACUCAGUGGAAGCAAGAUCUGGAUCAGUAAUGGAGGCCUGGCUGAGAUCUUCACAGUGUUCGCCAAGACGCCCAUGAAGGAUCCCAAAACUGGCGAGAUGAAGGACAAGAUCUCAGCCUUCGUCGUGGAGAGGAGCUUUGGAGGAGUGACACAUGGCCCCCCAGAGAAGAAGAUGGGCAUCAAGGCGUCCAACACGGCCGAGGUCUACUUCGAUAAUGUCCGCGUGCCCGCCGACUGUUUGCUCGGCGAGGUCGGUGGAGGUUUCAAGGUCGCCAUGAACAUCCUGAACAACGGGCGCUUCGGCAUGGCGGCCGCCCUCUGUGGCACCAUGAAGGGAGUCAUCACCAAAGCUGUGGACCACGCAGCCAACAGAACCCAGUUUGGGAGCAAGAUCCACAACUACGGAGCCAUCCAGGAGAAGCUGGCGCGCAUGGCGAUGCUGGAAUAUGUGACUGAGUCGAUGGCCUACAUGAUCAGUGGCAACAUGGACAGCGGAGCGUCUGAGUUCCAGAUUGAAGCUGCCAUCAGCAAGAUCUUUGCUUCUGAAGCGGCGUGGACCGUGACUGACGAGUGUAUUCAGGUCAUGGGCGGCAUGGGCUUCAUGAAGGAUUGUGGAGUGGAGCGAGUGAUGAGGGACCUGAGAAUCUUCAGAAUCUUUGAGGGAACCAACGACAUCCUGAGGCUCUUUGUCGCCCUCAAUGGAUUCCAGAAUGCUGGGAACCAGUUGAAGAGUUUGCAGAAGGCCCUGAAGAACCCGCUUGGCAAUGCUGGGUUUCUCGCGGGAGAAAUCUCCAAGAGAGCCAAAAGGAAGGCAGGUUUGGGCACAGGUCUGACUCUGCAGGGAUCCGUGCACCCUGAGCUGGCACAGAGCGGUGAACUGACAAUUAAAGCCAUCGAACAGUUCGGAGGUGUUGUUGAAGAGCUGCUUAUCAAACAUGGCAAGAAGAUCAUAGAUGAACAGUUUGUCCUAAUGAGAGUCGCCGACUGCGCCAUUGACCUUUACGCCAUGGUGGUGGUCCUGUCCAGGGCUUCACGCUCUCUGAGUCAGGGUCAAGCCUCAGCUCAGCAUGAGAAGAUGCUGUGUGAGACCUGGUGUGUGGAGGCCCAUGAGAGGAUCAUGCUUGGCACCAAGACCCUGCGAUCCAGUGAGUCCAGACAGCUCUACAAGAACCUGCGGUCCAUCUCAGCCGCCAUGGUGGAGAACGGGGGAGUGGUGGCUCCUCACCCUCUGGGUUUCUAAACACACUACGCUGUGGUUUUCCUUUUUUUUUUUUUUACCCCGCCCCAAUCUCAGCAGGCUCUUUUUCAUUUGUGCCAUCUUCUCUCACACUUGAACCAAUUUCCACUCCUCAUUGCUCCACGUUGAUGGUUCAUUAUGUAAGGCUUUUAUCCCAAGCGCCUUUGGACAAUUUGCCUCUCAAUCACACACACACACUCAUGUACAUAAGGCAAGAGCAUGUUGUCUUGCUCAAGGGCACUGGCUUGUGGACAGGAGAAAUUGGGUGGGGGGGUCAAAGCUCAUGAUCCCCUCUGUACGAGUAAGCAUUCAUGUAGUGAGAUACACUUGAACCUCAUAGUUUUUAUAGAAUAAUCAUUAUUUUAAUCUUUGGUUUGGUCCAGCACUCUGCAGCUGCUUUCAGACCGGUACUAAGGGCCAGACAUUUUCCUGAUAUUUCCCCGGGGGGGUGGGGGGGGUGUUGUACAUGAGAAAGUCUGAUUCAGUCCAGACUUUUUCUUUAACUUUUCCUGGCAGCCCCUUUGGAAAAUGUCUGGAAAAUGUCUGAGUGAGCCCACGUGAGAAAACAGCAGGAAGAUGUCUUUAAGAGCGAGUAUCGUGUAGAGGAUGUUUCUAUCACGCAAAGGACGCAAACUUUUAAGAACAUGCUGAUGAAGAUGUGAACUUGGAAAGACCAUGGGAGCUUUUGGCGAUGAGGGUCAUAACAGAUCUCGAUGUGCUGUAAACGAAAACAGCGGAUUGCCAACAGUCAUGUCCAGCCUCCUUCACGCUCUUCCCAGGUGCCACACCUUGCCUGAAUGUUCCUGAUAUUCUCCUGUUGUUGUCAACGCUGCGUUCUCCAUACGUCUGAUCUGGAUUGUCAUCAGUUCUUGGCCCUACCUUAACGAUGCGACUAAACUGUCUUACUCGUCAUUGAGUUUCCCGUCCAGCGGCCAUGCUGUUGACAUGGCAAAUACACUUGAACUCAACCGUUGGCAUUUUGGCACCUUGAGGCAACGAAACCCAAAGGUGUGAUUAACCAACAAAAGCUUGUCUGAAGUCAGUGGUGACUGUUUAAUCUGGUGAGACAUGAAACUAACGGUGUUAUAUUUGUGUGAAUCCUAGAUGAAUUAAUGCAUAAGAACAAUGCAACUUUGAGAUUAGAGGUCAGUUAACAGGAAGCUUUGAACAAAUCUGUUUUACUGUAAACUCGACGGGGCUUUUAAAGAUCAAACUCAGCCUUUUGAAUGUGUACACUUUUGUCUGCGUUGUGUUGAGAUGUACAUACAGUGUAAUAGUUCAUGUACUUUAAUGGUCUUCUGCACGCUAGAGAAGCCUUUGCCUUACAAACCGGUCCACAGAUGCUGUUUGAAGUUCCUGUUAUGACUUGAGGAUAGCUUCACUUUCCAAAGUGCAAGAGUGUACGUUCCUCUGCUGAAGGUGACCGGUAUCAUUAACUGUAAAUAGUGAUCUGCUGCAGCUCAAACUGUAUCUGCUCAGGAUCCACGCAACCUCAAGGGAUCUGCUCUGUGUUUGUGUUGUGACAGAGCUGCUGUUUGAUAUGAACACAUGCAGCCGAUGAUUGACAAGAGGAGUUGGGAUGUUUGUGCAGAUCUGCUUUGUGGUGAAACGCACUUCUAUUGGGAUUAAUAAAUAAACUGACCAUUACUCUGA